UUCUCGCUAGUUCGAUCGGUAGCGGGAGCGGAGAGCGGACCCCAGAGAGCCCUGAGCAGCCCCACCGCCGCCGCCGGCCUAGUUACCAUCACACCCCGGGAGGAGCCGCAGCUGCCGCAGCCGGCCCCAGUCACCAUCACCGCAACCAUGAGCAGCGAGGCCGAGACCCAGCAGCCGCCUGGCCCCCCCGCCGCCCCCGCCCUCAGCGCUGCCGACACCAAGCCCGGCACGACGGGCAGCGGCGCAGGGAGCGGCGGCCCGGGCGGCCUCACAUCGGCGGCGCCUGCCGGCGGGGACAAGAAGGUCAUCGCAACGAAGGUUUUGGGAACAGUAAAAUGGUUCAAUGUAAGAAACGGAUAUGGUUUCAUCAACAGGAAUGACACCAAGGAAGACGUAUUUGUACACCAGACUGCCAUAAAGAAGAAUAACCCCAGGAAGUACCUUCGCAGUGUAGGAGAUGGAGAGACUGUGGAGUUUGAUGUUGUUGAAGGAGAAAAGGGUGCGGAGGCAGCAAACGUUACAGGCCCUGGUGGAGUUCCAGUGCAAGGCAGUAAAUAUGCAGCAGACCGUAACCAUUAUAGACGCUAUCCACGUCGCAGGGGUCCUCCACGCAAUUACCAGCAGAAUUACCAGAAUAGUGAGAGUGGGGAAAAGAACGAGGGAUCAGAGAGUGCUCCCGAAGGCCAGGCCCAACAGCGCCGGCCCUACCGCAGGCGAAGGUUCCCACCUUACUACAUGCGGAGACCCUAUGGGCGUCGACCACAGUAUUCCAACCCUCCUGUGCAGGGAGAAGUGAUGGAGGGUGCUGACAACCAGGGUGCAGGAGAACAAGGUAGACCAGUGAGACAGAAUGUGUACCGGGGCUACAGACCACGCUUCCGCAGGGGCCCUCCUCGCCAAAGACAACCCCGAGAGGACGGCAAUGAAGAGGACAAGGAAAAUCAAGGAGACGAGACCCAGGGUCAGCAGCCACCUCAACGUCGGUACCGCCGCAACUUCAAUUACCGGCGCAGACGCCCAGAAAACCCUAAACCACAAGAUGGCAAAGAGACAAAAGCAGCCGAUCCACCAGCUGAGAAUUCGUCCGCUCCCGAGGCUGAGCAGGGCGGGGCUGAGUAAACGCCGGCUUUUACCAUCUCUACCAUCAUCCGGUCAUCCACCAAGAAGACUGAAUAUGAAAUUCCAGCAAUAAGAAAUGAACAAAAGAUUGGAGCUGAAGACCUUAAGUGCUUGCUUUUUGCCUGUUGACCAGAUAACUAGAACUAUCUGCAUUAUCUAUGCAGCAUGGGGUUUUUAUUAUUUUUACCUAAAGAUGUCUCUUUUUGGUAAUGACAAACGUGUUUUUUAAAAAAAAAAAAAAAGGCCUGGUUUUUCUCAAUACACCUUUAAAGGUUUUUAAAUUGUUUCAUAUCUGGUCAAGUUGAGAUUUUUAAGAACCUCAUUUUUAAUUUGUAAUAAAAGUUUACAGCUUGAUUUUUUCAAAAAAAAAAAAAGUCAACAAACUGCAAGCACCUGUUAAUAAAGGUCUUAAAUAAUUG